GUGAGAGAUGCCGCGAACACCUCGUCACUGGAAGCGGCAGCGGAGCAGCGCAAGAGCGGUCACAGUCAGUGCCGUGCGUCGGAACAGGCGCUGCUCGGCGAGCAGGGGAAGUAUCAGCAGCUGAAUGCGACCUGGUCGGGUCUUAGCAAGCCAUCAUGCUCGGCGAGCAUGGUGGUGACGGACCCCUGGGACGCAAGAGUGGACUGCUUCGGAGCCAUACAGGACUGGCUCCAGACUGGUGCAGAUGCCGUGCAGGGAGCGCUGAAUGACGGGGUUUUGAGCCUGGGUCUCGAGCACAAUCAGACGGCUUUUUGCCAUGGAAUGCAGCAUGCAUUCGAGCGGAGCUUCUGCAGUUGGACCGAGGCCGACUACACCGCCGCUGCUCAUGUUCUCUGCCGGAUAGCCGUGCUGAAUGCCAGCUCUGCCCAGAAAGAGGAGACUUUGGAAGCUUGCCUCGGGCAGAUUGUUGACACCAACCACCUGAACGUGUCUUACCCAGAGCUGGUGACAGAAGAUCUCUGCCUUGUUCCAGAAGACUUCCCUUGCAAGGCGGCCUGGCUGGAUCGGAACUAUGCGGGCGAGUCCUGGUAUGGAGUUGUCCGACUCAGAAUUUGCAGCCCUUGCACCACGACCACUACAACCAUAGCUCUUCCCUCCAUUUCGGUAGGACGGCUUCACAGCAUCAUUCUCGACGGCCAAACGGCAUGGCAUCUUGGGAGCAACGUGGACGGAGAGAAGGGUGACGGAACGACGUCAACAUCCGAUGGCCACGUUCCCUUCAACGUGAUGGGUGAUGUUCGAAGCGUGUCUUGCGGUGCUCGUGCCACCCUGUUCUUGAAAGUGGACGGCACGGCUUGGGGGGUUGGAAACAAUCACUACGGUCAACUUGGCACAGGGACCACUGACGAUGCAACGACGCCGGUUGAGAUUAUGGGCAGCGUGCGGAAGGCCACCAUGGGAAUUUACAACAGUGUCUUCGUGAAGGAGGAUGGAAGCGCAUGGACUGCAGGCUUCAAUGAUCAAGGCCAAAUUGGAGACGGCUCCAAGAUGUACCGGGUCCCGACACCUGUACAGGUAAUGACGGAUGUUGUGGCCACAGCCAGCGGUUUUGAGCACACAGUCUUCAUCAAAUCUGAUGGGACCGCUUGGUCUGUGGGCCAGAACAACAAGGGCCAGCUGUGUGAUGGAACCAUGGGUUCUGAGAACAGCAAGACCACUCCCGUACAAGCUCUCAUAUCCGAUGUGCAUGGCGUUGCGGCAGGCAUUUGGUUCACCGUAUUCCUCAAGGAGGAUGGAACAGCCUGGGCAUGUGGCCAGAACGACUUGGGACAGCUGGGUGAUGGGUCGGCAGUUGACAGGGCAACUCCUGUCCAGAUCAUGGCAGACGUGCGCAGCAUCGCUGCCGGCAUGGAGUACACGGUGUUCCUCAAAAUGGAUGGAACCGUUUGGGCCACAGGUUCCAAUGACUGUGGUCAGGUGGGGGAUGGGACCACGACCCAAAGGACCGUGCACUUUCAGGGUUCCUUUGUUGUUUUCCAUGCGUGCUGCGUUUGCAAUCGUACACCGCUUGUCAUGUUGGCACACGACAGGAUUACACCAGUACAGAUCAUGAGCGGUGUGGAGCGCAUUGACGCUGGAGGGAAAUCCACGCUCUUUGUGAAGUCCAACGGUGAGAUCUGGGCAGUUGGCAG